AUGCAGGCAGAGGACUACCCCGCGACCUGUGGCACAAAUGCCUGCUAUCAACUCGCGUACGACUGUAGCAGCUGCAUUUGCAGUAAUAAACUUCUUGGACCUGCGAACUUCACGCUCCAAGUCCCAGAAUUAGCGCCCAUAUUCAACAACUAUAAGGCGCUGGAUGCCCAAUGUCCCAAGGACUGGUUAUGCACAUGGACCAAUUUCACUGCGGCAAAUGGCAAGGGUAGUUACGUUUACCCACCAAACAACGGAUUCAAGGGCUGCCCGUCAUCGGGCUCCCCGAGUGUCGGGGACAUUGUGGACCGGAUUGGCUCACCAUAUGGCGGGUACCUUGCACCGAGGCUGACUCCAUUCGAAAAGCGGUCGAUACCGGGGGUGAUCAAAACCCUGAGUGCUCUGGAAGGGGAAAUUCUGCCAUGGUUUGGUCAGCCAGGAGGAGGGAAGCAGUGGUAUAUUCCUGGAGGCCUUAAGCCACUUAUCAAUGAUUCCCUUGUUCACGUGAAACCAGUAUUGGACUCAACGGGCGAUAUUACGUGGCAGGAGUUUUCAGACGCAGAAGAGAGCGAAGCUGCUUCACUUGGAAUUGAGGGAGACUAUGAUGACAUGUAUCACUAA